AUGGCCAUUUACAGUCUUCUUCAAAGGAGAGAUGUCAUGGAAAUUUUGUCAACAAGAUUUGGCAAGAGCAUGAUCUUUACUGUCUUUGCUAUGGCCAAAGAAGAAAUAUCCUCAUCGAAAACCUGUAUGAUCACAAUUUCCCCUCUAAAAAGUACUAUCGACGACCAGAUAUCUGAAAUGUUGUCGCUGAGCUGUACAGCAAUGGACCUUAUGACAGAAACAGUAAAUUUCAGUGCUCGAGAAAGUUCAGCUCAAUUUUCUCUAUUACUCGGUGUUAGAGAAUAACGCACUCCAGCGCAAUACAUCGAACAUUAUCCGCGAUUGUGGUCGAUGAUCGCAUACAGUAAAAGAAAGACGCACAGCGUAAUUCUCCAUACUUUUUUGCUUGGUGUAGUUUAAGUUUAAGCUACAACUUAAAUCUGAAGAUCGCGCUAUACGUAAAAAUCCAACAUCCUGCAAACAACACUUAAAAAGUCGGGCCCAGCGUCAGCUAGCGUCAAAACAUUCACGGACAAAGAAACUACAAACCAAGGCUCCUUGGUUUGUUGUUGUCCAGAUCCAGGCAUUUUAGUCGUAAAAGACCAAAGAAACUGAAAUAUUUAUUUAGCCGUAAUAAAGAGCUUUAGGCUUUAAGAGUGGUCAAAGAAAUUAGUACUUUACAACUGCAUCUGAGAUCAACAAAUUCUAAUUAGCAACACUAACAUUAACCACAGGAAAUAAUAACUCAAUACGGAUUAAACAAACCAACUUCAUGACCUAUAAAUAAAUGUAAGACUUAGUGCAGCAAAAAUAAGAUCUACUCAGUCAAGUUCAGAACGCAGUGUAGUCACCUAUGCGCGAGAUAGCCACAAAGAAAAAACCUGUGUUUGUUCAAGCAAACUCCAAUUCCGGCCAAGGUCACGUUUUACACUAUAUCACGAGCUUUUGUGUCGUGUUUAGGCUGUCAACGCUUUAUUUUUGAUUGGCUGGGAAAACUGAAACCUACGGUGGCCCACAAGUGCACUCCGAAUUCCAAAUGACACUCCUUAUCUUUAAACACACCCCUGAUUCUAAAAGUUCACUCUUAAUUCUAAAAGCUCACUCCUGAUUCUUAAAGUUCACUCGUAAUUCUAAAAGCUCACUCCUGAUUCUAAAAGUUCACUCUUAAUUCUAAAAGCUUACUCCAAAUUCCAAAACUUCACUCCAAAUUUCAAAACUUCACUCCGAAUUUGAAAACUUCACUCCGAAUUCGAAAACUUCACUCCGAAUUCGAAACUCCACUCCGAAUUUGAAAACGCCACUCCGAAUUCCAAAACUCCACUCCGAACUUGAAAACAUCACUCCAAAUUGGAAUUCUCCACUCCAAAUUCGAAAACUUCACUCCCAAUCCAAAAUCGAAAACCCAGAGUCCUCGGGCUCUUUGGUCAGCGGUAGAGCCCUUCGGGCUACGCCGCUCCUGCGCCCGGCUCAACAAAAGCGCCAUACUACGCAGGCUAAAACAAAUCCGGAUCCACAAAUCCUUCACAAAACGACCAAAGACAGACAAAGAUGCACAGGUAAAAUCACUUCGUUUUUAUUGUAAUACUAUCAGCAAUCUUAUAGCUGUCAAGCGUUCGGGAUCCCUGUGCUGCUGGCAUCUAUUUGAAUAAGCGCGAGCCGGCCUGGGUCUCCGCUUACUCUUUAGCCUUCGCUUUUCGUGAUUCUCAAAUGAACAGCUUGAACGUACGAUAUCAAUGGAUUUCUUGCAGGUGAACAUAGUUUUGCCUUGAAUGCGUCCGAAUUAGACAAUAAUUCAUCUGAAGCAUAAAUCGACAGUAAAGGACAACUUGCAGGGGAAUGUCCUGAAAGUGUCAAUAAUACACGGUACUUGAUCUCUUAAUUUGACUAAUUUCAGCGUCAACUGAAGUCUCACCAUGACUUUAUUCUCCUUGAUUUCCCUGCUUGUUUUCCGGAGUGAUAGCACGAGAAGAUGGGUACAAUUAAAUCAGAUUAAAUAGACUAAUUCCUCAACUGGGUAAAAGUUAUAAUACCUUAGUCUUACUUUCAAUGCUUCGAUUAGAAUUUUCACUGCGACAAUUAUGAAAUAAUAUAUCGAUUUAGCCAGGGCUAAAAGCGAAUCUCUGGUUAAUAAUACUUGUAAACAAAAAAAAUUAAAUCGUGUAAUGCUCAACGUGGCGGGCAAUGAAAAUGGCAUCAAGAUCAAUAGAUCUAAUUAGCAAAAAAAAACAAAUUGCACGUGCAGCACACUUUUUUUUCUAACUUAAAUAGCAAAAAAACCAAUUUGCACGUGCAGCACGCUUUUUGUCUUUGUUUGCCGUUGUUUUGCAUAACUACAACGCUGUUUUGUAGGACUAAAACGUCAAACUUCCUGGUUACACAUUAUUUUUAUGGAGGAAUUGUCGUAUGUGCUUCCCCAAUAUUUUUGUCUCCUGUGUUCAUGUUCGCUUUUAUUUUUCACUGUCGCACAUUUUCACUUUGCUAGCCACUAGCAUUUCUCAUUGUCUCACAGCCGCUUUGAAUUUUCAUGUUUUUCUUCCUACAAAAUUCGUCUCAAUCACUCGCUCUAGCUCUUUCUCUGUUAUCCACGUGAGUGUAAACAUCAAAAAUAACGUCGAAAAAGACACGACUUUGUUGUUGUUUUUUCUUUCUAAAAGUCCGGGCGGCCAUGCGAUUUCUUUCCGUUGCAUUUGGGUUGCCAUACCUGUUGAUUGAAUUAUUUGACAUUGGUAUGCCUGUGGUGCGGACGGACGGUCGGGCAGGCAGGCGGUCGGUGUGCGGUCACGCGAUUACCAAAUUUUCUUGGAUGGGUAGUUUACCACAUUUUUUUACCCAUGGUGUUCCGCUGCGCGCAGUGCGCGCGAGAGCUCCGCUAUAAUGUACAGACUCACGGGCACUGCCGGUUUAGCAAACACGAAGUCAACAGUGCGAAAUAACUACGCCAUUUAUAGGAAAUUUUAGCCCCUGGCUUUACAACUGUGCGUACCAAACUGUUAUCAUUAACCCCAUCCACUCCCCCACAAAUCCAUCCAUCAUCAAUGUACUUACCCCCCACCCACUUCUACCUUUGUCCUAGAAAAGGUGUAGAACUGGUAAGCUGCUGGCGAAAAAGACAACUAACCUCCUCCUUCAGUUAAGGUUUUUGGUACAGCUCCUGCCAUCUUAAUGUCACCGACUACAAAAUUAACAACAACAGUUAAAUUAGACCCACGGACGAGGUGCAUGAUAUAAUGCCACAAAAAAAACCAUUGCUCUUGCAAAAACAAAAAAAGGAAAAUAAUAAUAAUAAUAAUGAAUAAAUAAAUAAAUAAUAACAAAAUGAAAUAAGACAAUCAAAACAUUGACUCAUUCAUGUAUAUCGCUUGUAAAUGAAAAGUUUUCGUUUAUGCACCCUUAACGUGUUUAUGUUGAUACAUCUUAUUAGAAUUUCUUUUGAAACGUCAAUGGGAGAGCACCACAAAGAUUUUAAAGAGCCAGAAGAAAUAUCCAACGUAAAAUCUACAAAUGGGCCUUUUGCCGCCCGAGACCAAUUGGCAAGUGACUUCUAGCCAGAAUUAUGGAGCACACGUAUAACCCUAAAAAUAGGAGGGAUGACAAGAAGAACAUAAAGCAAAUAAUAAGUCUGACAAUUUUUAGGUCUCAACUUAUAAGAAGGCAAUUUCAUUGCAGUUUAAAUUGAUCUAUGCAUCAUUAGAAAAGUCGCUGGACCAAACUUUUGGCGGUCCAUUGAGCCAUUUGUAACACAAAUGAUAUUAUUAUCUAUUGUUAUUACUGUUAAUUACUGUUACUAUCAUUAUUAUUAUUAUUAUUAUUAUUAUUAUUAUUAUCUUACAUUUUUUGCAGGUUAAGUGACCAUACCAACGGUAAAUGA